AUGGCUGAUAGUAAAACUGAGGAGCGAACAUGUUUGAAACUUCUUGUGAACACGGAGACAAACAAAGUCUUGUUUGCUGAGACAGGGAAACCGUUCGUGGACAUCCUCUGUAGCUUCUUAACAUUACCAUUAGGAACCAUUGCAAGGCUUCUGCAAAAGCCAUCAAGCAUGCAUGCUGAUACUACGGGUUGUUUGAACUCACUCUAUCAAAGUGUAGCAGAUCUCAACAAAAUGUAUGUCUUAACAAAGACAGACAAAGAAAUGUUAAUGCAACCUAAGAACUCGUCGGAAGAUUAUUGCAACUCUCUUGAACUUAACAUUGAUGACACUCCACCAGCAAUGUACUUCCUAUGUACUAACUUUGGUGGUAGCUGCAACAACACAAAUUUGUACACUUCCACCGAUAAAAACUGUGCUUGUGGGAAUCCUUUGACUCGUUCAGUUUUCUUGAAACAUUUCUGUGAUGGAUUUGUUAGAAGCCGUGCUAAGUUUGUUAUCACGGAUGAUUUGACCAUCAUUCCAAACUCCAAACAUGUUACAUGUUUUGGUUUGCUCAAGGAUUAUGGAGUAAAAAGCACAAGUUCAGUUACGGAAAUUACUCUAAGUGUUACUAAGGAAAAGGUGCUGGAUCUUUUAAGGUGUGCUUUGAUUUCCAAGUCACCAUUGACAGAUUUGUUUUUGAGAAAGAAACCCUCCAUUGAAAGCUCACCAAGGUUUUUGGAUUGUGCUGUUGAAAAUAAUACUAAUAUCCAAAUUGGUGUGAAGCUGGUUAUAAGAAAAUCAGAUAGCAAGAUAUUGUAUGCUCAAGGUGAUGAAGAUUUUGCAGAUUUGCUAUUAAGUUUUCUCACAUUUCCUUUGGGAGGAGUUGUAAGUAAGCUAAGAAGUAAUUGUUCUUUGGGUAGUAUUGAUAAAUUGUACAAGAGUAUUGUUUAUUUGGAUGAAAACAAGUAUUUUAAGUCAACAAAAGCCAAGAAAAGACUUGUUGAUCCUCAUGUUGCUUGGCAAUUCAGAUCAAGGAACAAGAUAUUACCAAUUCAGCCAAAUAUGAAGUGUUAUUGUUAUUAUCAUGGUAAAAGUUAUGAAGAAAGUGUUAUUCAAAAUAAAUUUUUCAUAAGUGAUGAAAAUAGGACUCGUAAAAAAAUGUUUCAACUAAAUAAUUCCAAAACAAUGAGCAGCAGGCGAAAAGGUUAUGUCAAGACUUUGAAAAUGUAUGUGGCUACUGAUGACUUGAUUAUUUCACAAUCGUCUCCAAUUUCAUCUAUAUAUAUAAUUAACAGUUCAAAAACUUCUCUUGAUGACUUGAAGGAAAAGGAUAUCACCAUUGGAGCUAAGGAGUGUCUUACCAUAUUGAUGGCUGCUUUGACUUCAACAUCUGCUCUAACAAAUGGUCUAGCUCACUUGUUAACUGAAGUUAAGGAGGAGAAAUAA